AAAGAAGCAGCUCACUUCCUGUAUUUUGCCAGCGAGUGUUGACAUCAGGGUGGUGUCGUGUAAUAUCCAAUUAAGUCCAAACGGCUGCGCUUCCGGACACUUUUGGACUUUGCUGUAGUUUCGGAACACCCACACGAACAGGAGUCUGUGUGACAGGCCGGCGUGGUGUACAUGUGGAGCGGGCAGCCGGCGCUUUAAGCGUCCGGACUUCUGGGUGCGAUGGCGUGUCUUCUGUCGCUGAUGGUCGGCGGGCUUCUGGAGCUCAGCCUGAGCGUUUUAGCGAACGGAGAAGGUUAUCCCAUCUUCACUGAUGAAAUUCCUUUUAAAAUCACUUGGCCCGGGGCUGAUUUUACAAUGCCUACUUCCGGUGCUCUGUACAAGGAAGACAACUUUGUCAUUAUGACCACGCUGGAGAAGGAGAAAUACAAGUGCCUUCUGCCUUCACUCACGGCGGGGGACGAGGAUGAUGUAAAGGAAUACCGCGGCCCCAGUCCAGCUGACCUCCUGGAGCCUUUGUUUAAGCGAAACAGCUGCUCGUACAGAAUUGAAUCCUACUGGACUUAUGAAGUAUGUCAUGGGAAGCAUGUAAGACAGUAUCAUGAAGAGAAGGAGACGGGUCAGAAAAUAAGUGUUCAGGAGUACUUCCUGGGGAAUAUAGCUGAGAAGAAACAAAGUACAGAAACAGCUAAACCCAAAGAGCCAGAACCUGCUGAAUCGGCUGCGCCUGAAACAGAAGUGCCAUCUAAGAACAUAGAAGGUCAACUGACUCCAUACUACUCCCUGGAGAUGGGUUACGGGACACCUUGCGUGUUGAAGGAGAACCAGCCGCGCGCCACCUCUGUGCUAUACGUGUGUCACCCGGAGGCCAAGCAUGAGAUCCUGUCAAUCGCAGAGGUCACCACUUGCGAAUAUGAGGUGGUGGUGCUGACCCCUUUGCUCUGCGCGCACCCAAAAUACAGGUUCAGGUCGUCCCCGGUUAACGCCAUCUUCUGCCAAGCGUUGGCUGGUUCGCCACUGCGGCCUCAGCGGCUCGCCCAGCUGGAUAAGGAGCAAGAGGAGCAACUCAAGCCUCCUUUCAUGGCCACCGCAGAACCCAGAGACGAGGAGACUUCACCAGUGAAAGAAGAGGCCUUCACUUCCACUCCCAAACCGAUCGCUGUUGGCGGACAGGCUCAGGUGGCCGUGGGCAAUACUCACAUCUCACGUCUGACAGACAAUCAGCUCAUCAAGGAGUUCCUCAGUGGCUCUUAUUGUUUACAUGGGGGGGUUGGAUGGUGGAAAUAUGAAUUUUGUUAUGGAAAGCACGUCCAUCAGUACCAUGAGGACAAGGAGCAAGGCAAGAACAUUGUAGUUGUCGGGAACUGGAACGCAGACGAACACAUGGAGUGGGCAAAUAAGAACGUGGCUCGAUCCUACCAGCUCAAAGACAGUGGAGUGCAGAAAGUCAAGUUGGUCUCUCACUUCUAUGGCCAUGGGGACCUGUGCGAUAUGACAGGGAAGCCAAGACAAGUCAUUGUGAAAUUAAAGUGCAAAGAAUCCGAAUCUCCUCAUGCGGUCACCGUCUACAUGCUGGAACCUCAAACCUGCCAGUAUAUUCUUGGGGUUGAGUCUUCAGUGAUAUGCAGGAUUCUGGACUCGGCAGACGAACAAGGACUCCUGUCCAUCUCCAGCUGAACUCCAAAGGUCAUGUGAGGACGAGAAGAGAAUCCUGUGUGGUAGGUCUCAAAAAACAAAAAAAACAGACUGAUGCCUGUGACGCUGCACAUGAUGAUGGAUAACAAAGGUUCAAACUGUGGUGGUCCUGUUAGCUGGGCUGGACUGGAUGUCGAGGAAACAGAAAGACUCUCCCAGCUUCCUGAAACUGUGCAAUGGUUCACGCCUCUCCCAGCUUCCUGAAACUGUGCAAUGGUUCACGCCGCGUCGUAGCUGAAAUAAAUCACUAAGAGAGAUUUAUUUUAUAUCUAGGCUUCAAAAUGUGUUGAUUUCUAAUGAGCAGGAUGAUUAUCAAAUUCACAGUAUUUACUGUGGGUUUCUUUGUGUGCCGGGCCGCCCCUCCCUAAACGCUGGCCAUGCGGUGUGUUUUGGCCCCAUAAUUAGUGGUGGGCUUCGUUUUUUGUCAAGAAGCAAAUGUAAAAUAUCAAGAGCAAACAUGUUCCGUCACUGAUUAGAAUACGAUGAUAUAAUUCCCCCUAAGGCGGGGACGGUUAGUGCUCGUCUCCAAUAUACGAUGGGACUGGGACCGAAUCCCAGUCAAAGUAGAGUUAAGAAGAGUUUAAGAUGUAUGUUUUAAAGGGGAACUGUAUUUCUUUUCACAAUCCGUUCACAAUGGAUUUUUUUUUCGCAAUCUAAAUAUUAAAUAAAUGCGAUCAAAAAUUUGCUUGUAGCCGAGCCAUUGGAAGCUCUACUGUUGCGCCCAUAAAAUCCAAUAAAUAACCAAAAAGCUUCCACAAUAUCAGAAUAUUAACCAUGUAUUUGUGAUAUUAAUAUAAGCGCCAUGAUCACUACUCAGACAUGGGAAUUACCUGCGGAAUUCCGCCGAUUUUGGCGCCGCCAGGGUGGUUUUUGUCUCUGCGUUAGAGAUGCGUGGAUAGUAGGGGUGUAACGGUACGUGUAUUUGUAUUGAACCGUUUCGGUACGGGGGUGAACCAAAACGUCACAGAGAUAUUAAGUAGCGCAUCGCACGUUGUGUAAACAGUGCACACCGAGGCACCAUGAAUUGAUUAACGUGGACAAAUUAAAAAACUUAUUUGGGUGUUACCAUUUAGUGGUCAAUUUUACGAAAUAUGUACUGUACUGUGCAAUCUACUAAUAAAACUUUCAAUCAAUCAAAAAACAACAACACACGGCAUGCUAGCAGCAAUCAAGGUAUAUGAUAGACUGACCACACCUCCUCUUUUCACGGGAUAUGUCCUCUUUGCGGGGAUGUCCAGGUGGUGUUUCUUAAAUGCCUCAAAUGUUCGGCAUUUUAAGUUAAGGGUUGCGUGUAUUUUCAAUGUACGUUCAGGGUUAAGAAGGGGUUAAAAACAAAAAAAAAGUGCUGCACGGCAGCAACAUUUGUGAGGGAGGGGGAGACAGAGAGAGAGAGAGAGUUAUGAUAAACGCGCAUGCGUCGCCAGGCUCUGCUUUUUAACCAUAGACUUAUCAGAUUUUAUUUUUUAUUAUCUAUAGCAGUGGUGUCAAAACUGUGCCCCGGAAGCCAUUUGCGGCCCACAGCUAAUGUUUUAAAGGCCCAAGACACAUUCUAAAAAUACUAUUCAAAUAAACAAAAACAUAAACAAAAGUGAAAUAAAAAGCUUAAAGGCUAGAUGUAAUUUUAAAAAAGUAGCAAAUUUGACUAAUAAAACAAUGCUGUUUGUUUUUUUUCUUUCAAACUUUCAUUGCUCAAAACAUAAUAUUGAAUCAAAAUCAAUGUUAUUAUGAAUUAUUGACCUAUCCAAGUUUCCCAUUACUUCACAUCAAAUAUUCCACUAAGAAAAAUGUUUUUGGUGGAAGAUUUAGCAAAUUUAUUAGAUAAAUAAUCAAAAAAUUUAUAUUUUGUUGUUUUCUUACUGUACCAAAAAUGAACCGAACCGUGACCUCUGAACCGAGGUACGUACCGAACCGAAAUUUUUGUGUGCCGUUGCACCCCUAGCGGGUAGGCAAUUAUAUCAUCCGCAACUGCAUCACUAAAGUCGUCAUCCACCCGCCAUCCAUCCAAACCAACAUUUUAUCAAAGCCACAACCGCCCUUCACCCGCCCGUUGUUAUAUAUCUAAUAUAGACGAUGCAAGACAUUAGUGAUGUUAGAAAGUGUAACUCCCUCCAAAUAGCACAGACACAAUGGCUUUCUUGAACUGAUUUAUUUGAAGGCUUCCUUUCCCUUCAAAUUCACCGUGAAAACUGUAAUAAAUUAAGCACGUUACAAACGUAAAAAUAAUAACAUGCCCAGCAUGUGGAUCAAACAUUUUACCAAAUAAAAUACCAACAAAUGACAAACAAAUACCUCGUUGGCCAUACCCGGAAGUAGCUUCCUUACAUCCGUCGACAAACCAAACGAGACACUUCAAAAUAAAAGAAUGCCCACAUACUGUUUCAAAGAGUGCUGCUCGUUUUUCGUAUGUGGGUAACAACAUUUAACUAUUUAUAAAUGGUUGAUUUCUAUAGGCUAGUAAGGUAAAGUGUUGUACCUGACAAGUUUGGGCUAGCUUGCUUCUGCAGCCUUCAUCAGAGGUGUCACGUGAUGUUAGCGUGACGUCGUCUGUGACGUGUUAUAUGGAUUCUACAUUCAAAAGUUGUCAGGUACAACACUUUACCUACUAGCCUAUAUAAAUCAACCAUUUAUAAAUACACGUCAGUAGGCUAAAUUAACCUCUUCAACAUAAUAUUUAACUAUGUAUAUAUAUUUCCGAAUGGUUCAACCGCCACCCGCCCGAAUCUAUUUAAAAUCAAUUUUUUCGUUAUGUCACCCUCCAGACCCGCGUCCGCGGAUGAGACCACAAACCGCACAUCUCUACUCUGCGUUGACCUAGUUAUCAGUACAAGGCAAAUAAUUCAAAAUAAUCCAAAAGUGUGCAAGAAUAUGAUAUAUGUGUAGACUUGUAUACAUAAAUGUCAUCACAUGAUACAUUUUUAUGAAAGUAUUUGCUAAUAAAUGUGAAAUUUUGGUCAGGAGAAUAUUGUUAGAUUUUGACUCAAAAUAGCAGGAAAUAUAUCCUAAGCUAACAUAGAUUUAAAAAAAAUUCUGGUGGGAGCAUGCCCCCAGACCCCCCUAGCAGGUGCACUCGGGUGCGGCCACUCUGCUUUAGGAUUAAAAUAUUUUCAGCUGAUUUUGUACAUCUUCAUUCCUAUCCCUGACUACUGUGUGUGCCUAUGUUUACAUUAUUGAGUAGUCUGCUGCUUUCUCGUUUCCUAGCUCCUUGAAUGUUUAUUGUAGAUCAUAAAUCAUGCAUCUCACCUGGACAGAAAAAGUCAGAGUAGGUAUUUGGUCAAGUUGGUCAACUUUAACAGCCAUUUAGGACCCGAAAAUGGCCGGAAUGACACAAAAAGGCUCUUGGUCCCCCCGCAGUCCCACUACGUUUCUUUGUGAGAAUUAUGAGUCAUUCUUCACCGAAACGGGAAUAUAUCAACAUCCCAGUAGUCGGCAUCUUAAUGAUAGCUGACAUUGUACAGUAAGUGAUUAUUUGUUAUGUUUGUUGGCUCACACAGUCUGUAGUGAGUAACAAUCAGUGAUGAAUAAGAAAAAAAACAAAUGUAAUGCGUUUUUUAAAUUAAUGCGUAUGCUUAAAAUGAUCAAAAUAGGUACAUAUUAAAUGUUAAUAUAUAGGUGUCUGUUACGUGUUUGAAUGUUUUUUUAAGGGCUAUGUAGGCGAAAUUGCUUGGCCCCCAUUAGCUCCAUCGUAAGCAAACUUUUGAUCGCAUUUAUUUAAUAUUUAGAAAGCAAAAAAAAACAUCGUUAUGUAGGCUUCAUGAUUGCGAACGAUAGGCAAAAUUCCCCAAAAAGUGCAGUUACCCUUUAAGAAUAUUUAUAUUUUUCCACGCAAAAAAUAUUGAACUUCACCCCCAUGUAUUUGUUUUUUGUUUUUUAAUGGAAGGUUUCUAAAAUUCUGUUUAGGGCUCCAAUUUAGGCUGGGGUGGCCUUGUGGGGGUGUGGGUCUUCACUUAUGUUUGACUAGGAGACGUAUCACUCGUAAUCUUAAUGAUGAUGGUGAGUGUAACUUAAUUAUAAGAUGGUGCUGUCAAAUGCUUGAAAAUCUUGAUUAAAAUGUAUUUUUAACUUUU